AUGCCAGAGGUGGUGGAUGAGCUAAAGAAAAUGGCAGAUAUCGGCUUCCCAAUAGCUGCUAUGAGCUUGGUGGGUUAUCUGAAAAACAUGAUUUUAGUUGCGUGCAUGGGAAGGCUAGGAAGUCUGGAGCUCGCCGGAGGUGCCUUAGCUAUUGGUUUCACCAACAUCACCGGCUACUCAGUCUUAUCAGGUUUGGCCAUGGGGAUGGAGCCACUUUGCAGCCAAGCUUUUGGGUCGAGGAAUUUGUCAGUAGCAUCAAUGACUUUGCAAAGAACAAUUCUGAUGUUACUCGUGGUUUCUUUGCCUAUUGGCUUGUUAUGGUUGAAUCUUGAACCUCUCAUGCUUGCUCUUCAUCAAGAUCCUGAAAUAACCAGACUUGCGAGUUUAUAUUGCCGGUUUUGCAUCCCAGAUCUUGUUGCUAAUAGCCUCCUACACCCUCUACGCAUUUAUUUACGUAGUAAAGGGACUACAUGGCCAUUAAUGUGCUGCACUUCGGUGUCCAUUGUUCUACACCUCCCAAUCACCAUAUUCCUAGCCUUCACUCUUCGUCUUGGGGUCCCUGGAAUUGCAAUUUCAACUUUUAUCUCUAAUUUUAACACUCUCUUAUACCUAUUAUGUUACAUGUAUUUCACUCGUGUCCCUGAGGAGCCUUUGUACACACCACUAUCACCACUACCGCAGCUUCCUCCUUCACUGGGAGUAAGGGAAUGGGGGAUUCUAAUUCGACUGGCUGUUCCGAGUUGUGUGGCUGUUUGUUUAGAGUGGUGGUGGUAUGAGUUCAUGACAAUUGCGGCCGGAUACUUAUCGAAACCUCGAGUUGCUCUGGCUACAUCAGCGAUAGUAAUCCAGACCACAUCUCUCUUGUACACCUUACCUACAGCGCUUAGCUCAUCGGUCUCAACACGAGUAGGCAACGAGCUAGGAGCUGGAAGACCAGUUAAGGCACGUUUGGCUACAGCAGUUGCUAUAGGACUAGCUCUAUUAAGCUCAUUAUUUGGGCUGGUAUUAACCACACUAGGAAGAGAAACAUGGGGGAGAGUUUUUACAGAGGAUGAACAAGUUCUUGAGUUAUGUAUGAUUGUUCUGCCCAUAAUUGGAGUAUGUGAGCUAGCGAAUUGUCCACAAACCACAAGUUGUGGGAUUUUAAGAGGAAGUGCUAGGCCCGUUAUUGGGGCAGGAAUAAACUUCUACUCAUUUUACCUGGUGGGGGCACCAGUGGCCAUUUACUUAGGCUUUGUUUGGGAACUAGGGUUCGUGGGUCUUUGUUAUGGACUUUUAGCCGCUCAAAUUGCAUGUGUAGUCUCAAUCUUGACGGUGGUAUACAAAACAGAUUGGGAAAAAGAGUCGUUAAAGGCCAAACACUUGGUGGGCAGGAGCACUGACGCAGUAAUGCCACAUGAACACCAUAUAAUCAAAUGCGAAGAAGAUGGAAAAGGGAAUGAAGAAGAAGAAGAAGAAGAAGAAGGGGUAGGGUUUCUCAGAUUAAAGAUAGAGGGUGCAGUGGAUUGAUUUUGAAAAGUGAAAAAACAAAAAUUUUAAAAAGAAAAAAAAAUCAUAGAAGUAGUAC